GCGCCCGGGAAACAGACGGGGCGGCCUGCGGGGCGCCCCGGGGCUGACCUGGGCUGAGGUGCGGCCGGCGCAGGGCCCGGACUCGCUUCCUUCGCGUGAGCAGCCUUCUGCCUCGCUGCGGCCAUGCCUUCUGGGUCAGUCUGCGUCCCCACCUGGGGCAGUCGCUGUGAGCCAUGCUGGCCCCACUGAGCUGCGCUCCGGUUGUGGUGGCCUCAGCAUGGCGGAGCCCCUGGCCCCGGAAGGGAGCGCACCUGGCCCCGGCAAUGGCUCUGGCACCAGCUCUGAGCCCGAGCCCAAAGGGAAGCCGCUGCCGGACUGGGCUCCCCUGCUUGGCCACCGCAGCGAGAAGAUCCUGUUUGGCAAGAGCGAGGGAGGCCCCGAGGGGAGCCUGCUUGCCGUCACCAUCACGGAGACCACGGUCAUCGAGUCAGACCUGGGCCUGUGGAGCGCGCGGGCGCUCACCUACCUCACACUGUGGUUCUUCUUCAGCUUCUGCACGCUAUUCCUCAACAAGUACAUCCUGUCGCUGCUGGAGGGCGAGCCCAGCAUGCUAGGCGCCGUGCAGAUGCUGUCCACCACGCUCAUCGGCUGCGCUAAGGUCUUCGUCCCAUGCUGCCUGCACCAGCACAAACCGAGGCUGUCCUACCCACCCAGCUUCAUCACGACCAUGCUCUUCGUGGGCCUCAUGAGGUUUGCAACCGUGGUCCUGGGUCUGGUCAGCCUGAAGAACGUGGCAGUGUCCUUCGCUGAAACGGUGAAGAGCUCCGCCCCCAUCUUCACUGUGAUCAUGUCGCGCAUGAUCCUGGGGGAGUACACAGGGCUUCCGGUCAACCUGUCCCUCCUCCCAGUCAUGGGAGGGCUGGCUUUGUGCACUGCCACUGAGAUCAGCUUCAACCUGCUGGGCUUUUCGGCCGCAUUGUCCACCAACAUCAUGGACUGUUUACAGAACGUCUUUUCCAAGAAGCUGCUCAGCGGGGACAAGUACCGGUUCUCGGCCCCGGAGCUGCAGUUCUACACCAGCGCAGCGGCUGUGGCCAUGCUGAUCCCCGCCUGGAUCUUCUUCAUGGAUGUGCCCGUGAUCGGCAGGCGCGAGGGGAGCUUCCGCUAUAGCCCGGAUGUGGUGCUGCUGCUGCUGACGGACGGCGCCCUAUUCCACUUGCAGAGUGUCACCGCAUACGCGCUCAUGGGCAAGAUCUCCCCAGUGACCUUCAGUGUGGCCAGCACUGUGAAGCACGCCCUGUCCAUCUGGCUCAGCAUCAUCGUUUUUGGCAACAAGAUCACCAGCCUGUCUGCCGUUGGCACCGUCCUGGUGACAGUGGGCGUCCUGCUCUACAACAAGGCCCGGCAGCGCCAGCAGGAGGCCAUGCAGAGCCUGGCUUCAGUCACCAGCGGGGCCCUGGAGGACGACGUGGAGCCACUGCUCCCCCAAGACCCCAAGCAGCACCACUGAGCCGGACCCCUGGACCACAGUGGGAGGACGUGUGAAGCGGCUCCCGAGGCCCUCUGUGAGCCCUGUGGGCAGGAGCGGCUGCCUGGCCGUCUGGACUGCAGCCAGCAGGGCCUCGGUGUCUGCUGGGUGCCAGCACAGAGACCUCCGCUCCUUCACACCAGCUACCACAGGCAUCCAAGCCACCCGGCCAUGGCUGUGCCUGCAGCCUGGCUCUGGGUCUGCCUGUGGGCCUCGGGGCAGAGGGCUGAGGUGCCCAUGGCCCCAGACACAGAGGCCACACAGCUUGAGAAAUGUGGGGCACAGACAGGCUGGAAGCCAGGGUCCCCUGCACUGAGGGCAGGGCUUGGUUCCUUCCUGCUCUACAGCUGUGUCAGGAUCCCGUAGCCACACCACCAGUGACAUGGGAGGGGCAGAGUGUGACACCUCUCCCAGGAAGGGUGCCCCCACUGCCUCUUCCCUGGCCUGCGGCCCAUCCCUCACCAGGUGGCAAGUCCUGCCCGCUGAGUGAUGACAAAUCUCUGCUGUUCCGUUCCUGUGCGGGACCCUGGAGGGGAAGCCGGGCUCGCCCCGGAGCCAGCCCCACUGCCCAUACUGCAGGGCGCUUGUCUGCUGAGUGUCUUUCAGGUGACAGCUUGAAAGUGUUUUGUUUUUUUUGUACUGGGAAUCAAACUCAGGACCUUACGCUUGCCAGGCAGGCACUGUGCCACUGAGC